CGCGUAGUGGACGAGCGGAAGCGCUGAUCGAUCUCGAUGCAGAGACCGACGAUGCCGAAGGCUUGCUUGAAGAGGAUCCAAGAGCUCUUGUUACAGGCGAUUCCGAUUCUUCUGAGGCAUCCUCAUCAACGCUUGAAGAGGGCGAGCAUGUUGAUGCCCGGUCGGGGGAACUCGCCGCUGAAGCUGAUCAAGAUCAGGAUGUUGCAUCAUCACUAGCACAGGUGGGCGACAGCCCUGAAGACGAGGCAUUCGCUACUCCCCUGGACGGCGCUCACAAAAGUGAACAAAGUGAUCGAUCGCCUCGUUCUCAAUCUGAUGAAGAAUCUCUCGGACACGAUCUCCGCAACGAAGACACAACCGACAACAGCGACAGUGACUCUUCAUUUCUUGCUGAAGACGUAGAUCUACCUCCACUUCAGGAGCAGCAACAUGAAGACGAACAGGAGACGCGGUUGACGCAGCACGAUGACGAUGGCCCUCCAUUUUCAUUUGCUGAGAACAACAACAACAACAAUAACAAGAUAGAUUUAGAUCGUUCCGGCGACGACAGCACACCCAUACACACGAAUCCCAGCGGUUUUGUCAAGGGCGGCGAACAAGAUGUUGUAGAAAUGGCAGCGCAGCACCAAAGUGCCGAAGGCCGUAAGUGGGACGAGUUCGAGGCCGCCGCGAGGGACAUCAUCGGACACUUGGACAACGAAGACUUUGACGAGGAUCGAGAGCGCGGUAAUGAUCUCGAGGAUGAUCCCCAUGCGUCUGUGCAGCAUGAUAAGACAUAUUCAGACACGAAGAACAAGAAAGGAGCUAGCUCACAUCUGCAGCUCGAAAGAACAAAUGGUCAUGCGUCUGACUCCAGUGAAUACCAUGAUCAUCAUGAGACUACGGACGAAGCAGAUGCACAGCGGCAGUUGUUGGAGAAGAAACGAAGAGUGGGUCGCAUUGAUAUGCUGAAAGAUCGACUGCAGAAAUUUGCUACGAAACUAACGCGAAAGCACGCUUCCGGACCGUCGCAAAUAAAUCAGGCAGAACCGUUCCGGUCUAAAGAGGAAGUUGCUGAUAGUGUACUUACUGACAUUCAAUUUUUACCGUACCUCCAGUACCACCCGGAGGCUGAUUUGAUGAAAUACAACAAUCACUAGUACGAUGAUGAUGCUCGUAAAAUCUCCAUCAUAUUCUUAUUCUCCCUCUGAUGAUUAUCCUCCAUUUCAAACACAAACUAAACACACGACAGUGGGACUCUAUUGUGCGGGAGAUUCACGAUUGGCAAGACACCGUACGAGAAAUGCAGACGAACGACGUCACGAUCUAUCGAGCCGGCAAAGCUGUGGUAGACGGCCUGAAGGAGGCGAAAAAAACGGUAGCUUCGAUGCUCCAAUUCCAGUCUGUGCCUCACGAUAUCGCUGUGUCUCUAGCUAAGGCGGGCGAGACGAAGCACCGCCAUAGAGGACACAAGCACCACAAGGGACAUCAAAAAGGGCAUCAUCGUAGUGACAAGGAGGGCAGUAAGCAAGAAGGGCAGAAGCGGCCUGAAGAUCAAGACGACCACGAAGGCGAGCAUCACGACCAUGGGCAUCAUGAUGAUGAACACGAUGCUGAGCAUGCUGUUGCCGAGAGCUCGACGCAGCACGAGGAAGUGCGGUAAGAAGGCAAGAAAGUAGAAGCACACGAUGAAAAUGACUGAUCAGCGCGUCAGAGAUGCGAUGAUGCGCGUGCGAACGCGGCGCUUGGCGACUGGUAGCCGCGAAAGCAUUGAGUGUAGCAAGACGCGUGCUUAAGGCGUCUUCAGGGCCUGCUUGCCCUUGUAAUGUUGAAUCGCUCCGCCACGGUGGCAAGGGCGACCAGAUGGAAUCGGGAUCUUGCAGUGGUACGCUUUCUAGCGUGAAGUCCUCAUAGGUGUGCGCUUGCGCCAAAAUAAAACAAUGAGAGCUCAUAUGUUCAGCGACAUCUGCUCACAUCAACAAAUUGACGAUGGAGACAUUGAGACGGGUCUCACUUUCGAAAAGACAUCUUCUAGCAUCGCGCAGUUGCGGACUCGAUCCUGAGUCGAGCCUGGAAUUAGUGUAGGUGGUAAUCCUAGUCGUGUGCAAGAAGCCUG